CAAAAACCGCGGCGAAAAAUGAACCCCCGCCUCCGACCCGCCGGCAACCGGGCCAGGGGUGAUCCGGACAGCCGCCCCCUCCCGCCCGCCGCCCCGGCUGCAUUUCUACCCGCGCCGGGGGCCGCAAGCAUCGCAAUUCGGCGCGCCUCGGGGUUGCAAAGGCAGACUUACAGAUCACUUUGCAGAAGAAAAACAAUAGGACUUUCAGGCGUUUGGUGCAGUUUGGGGAGGAGGUAUCAAAACUUGGGGGGAGGGGCGAUAAUUGGGUGCAGACUGCGAUCAUAUUGGAUGUGUCUGGGGAAAGAGAAAUGAAUUUCAUAUUGCACCAUCUCUGCACUUUCCUACGAAAUAUUCUUGGAGCUGCCAGGACCUCGCACAUUCAUUCAAGCCAACUUUGGAAGAGAAUGUAGACUUCAAUCAAUUGAGAAGGGCGAUAUGGAGACGGACUCAAUCAAGUGGGUCGGCUCUCCGUGCGGUUUACACGGAGCCUACAUUUUCUACAAAGCUUUCAAAUUCAGUCUUGAAGGCAGACCAAGAAUCCUCUCCCUCGGAGACUUUUUCUUUGUAAGAUGUAAGCCAGGAGCUCCGAUUUGCAUAGCAGAACUCCAGCUGUUGUGGGAAGAGAGAAACAACAAGCAACUUUUGUCGAGUUCCAAACUCUACUUUCUCCCCGAAGAUAUACCCGAAGGAAGGUCGAUCGGCCACGGAGAGGAUGAAGUUGUGGCUGUUUCAGAGAAAGUAGUUGUGAAGCUGGAUGACCUGAUGAAAUGGACGUGCUCGGAUUUCAGCACAUGGACACGAGGCCUCGGUGCCGUGUCACUGAAACCCUCGAAGAGAAAGGAGCUGAGGAACAAUGGACAGAGGGAAACCUUGCAUCACUACAGGCAAUGCACUCUCAACAAUGGCCUCAGUUUCAAGGAUGUGUUAAAAGAAAAGGCUGACCUUGAUGCCGAGGAUGAUGAUGUUGAAGAUAGUGGCGACACAGACGAUACCAAAGUCAUCGUCCUCAGUUACCCGCAGUACUGUCGAUACCGUACCAUGCUGAAGAGGAUUCAGAACCGAUCGUCCGCAUGGUUGGUCGACCAGUUUGUGAUGGCAUUGGGUGGCAUUGCGAUCCUGAACGAAAGUACCCGCAUCCUGUACUGUCGCGACACGUUUGAUCAUCCAACUCUGCUUGAAAGCGAGAGUGUCUGCGAUGAACUUGCGCUUAAUCUCAAAGGCCGACCUCGGAAGAAGAAGGCUUGUUCCCAGAAGCGGGAUGCACAAGGUCUAAAUGGCUUGAGAGACUCCAAUGAGGAUUCGGACGGGAAGAGCAAUCCCAAGUCGAAAUGUGAGCCCAAAACCACGAUGGUAAAGCCCAAGAAUAACAACGGCAACUGCAAAAAUAUCGCAGCUGAUGAAAAAUCAAAGGUUACAGCAGGCGAUGAAUGUAGAGCAGAGGAACAGACUUUCCUUGUCACACUUUACAAGUACAUGAAAGAAAGGAGUACUCCAAUAGAAAGGAUACCCUAUCUUGGCUUUAAACAAAUUAACCUUUGGACUAUGUUUCAAGCAGCCCAAAAUCUGGGAGGAUAUGAAGCGAUAACGGCACGUCGGCAGUGGAAGCAGAUCUACGAUGAAUUAGGAGGCAAUCCCGGAAGCACCAGUGCCGCCACAUGUACGCGCAGACAUUACGAGAGGCUGAUCCUGCCCUAUGAAAGAUAUAUCAAAGGGGAAGAAGACAAGCCUCUACCUCCAGUCAAACCUCGGAAACAGGAGAACAGCUCCCAAGAGACGGAAAACAGAAUGAAGGCAGCUGGAACCAAGCGGAAAAAUGAGCAAAACAGAAAAGUGAAAAAAGAAAAGGAUGCCACUAAGAAAAUGAAAGAGUAUUCUGAGGUAACUUCGGCGCCGGAGUGUGUGGCGGAGACGGAGUGUUCGAGAGAAGCGCUGGCCUCCAUGGCAGAGGGAGAGGCGACGAGGUUGGAGGCGGAGGAGCGGCCAAGCCAAGACCUUGCCGAGGGCUCUGACAGCGGAGUGGCACCGACCGACGACAACGGCGGCCAAACCGGCGAAGAGCGGUUGGAGGGGAAGGAAGCCGAGGCGCCGUAUCCGCAGGGUGGCCUCGCGUCCGACUCGGGGGAAGUGGCGGCGGCGGCGGCGGCGGCGGCAACAACGCCAUGCCCGGAGGAGGCACAACCCCCCUCGACGGGCGCGGACCCCUCUGCGUCCGGCCGCAGUCUGGAGGAUCCGCCGCACCCACCCGACCAGCAGGAGGAAACGCCGGCCAAGGUGGGCCCUACUGACCAAUCCCCCGAGAGAGACUCCAACGUGCCGGCUCAGGCCGAGCAGAAGGAGCCGCCGCUGCCGAAUGGUGGGCAGAGACAGCACCCUCGGCACCCAGCCAAGGUGAACACAAACCCCCCACCUUGCCCCCACAGGGAGAAGGAAGAGGUACUUGCAGCGACUAAGUGCGACGGCUGCCCCAGCUACUUGCCCGUGGUGUACUCCAGAGGACAUCCCGGUAUCAUGUCACCACUGGCCAAGAAGAAGUUCCUCUCGCAGGUCAGUGGCACGUUGCCCAACAACUACUCCAUCGGGGCACCGCCCCCCUUGCUCAGCAGUAAGAAAGCCGGCGAGAACGGAGAGGAAGGGAUCCCGACCGAGAGCAGCUUCCUGCAAGGCUCCUCGUCAGACCAGCUUGCCGUCAAUCGGCCUUCUGUCAUCCAACGGGCACACAGUUUCCAGAAGAGAAGUGGAGACGAGCGAGGGGAAGCGUUCAAGCACGAUGGGUUGGGCAAACUAACGGACUCUGAGGCGGCCUGCCUCUCGAACCAUCAUCUCAACUGCUCGGACUCCUUCAAAGGUGCCGCUCCUUACCCUUUCACCGCCGACCUGCUGGACAAUGAAAAUAAAAACCCCGAGAAGAAAGUUUGCCGACCGUCGCAAGUGACGGGGUUCUUGGCAGAUUUCUAUUCCUCCCCCCAUCUACACAGUCUGUACAAACACACAGAGCAUCACCUGAGCAACGACCAUACGUCAAAGUACCUGAACAACAUCACCAAGGAGAAGGGUUCGUUAUUUGUGCCCCACAAAAACCAGGACGCAGCCUAUAUAAAUUAUCUCUCGACUUUGCACCAGCCCGAGAAAAAGUUUGGAGUGAAAGCGCCCACGGAAGAGCAGCCGACUGACCUGAGCCUGCCAAAGUUGAAGAAAAUGUUACCCAGGAACCUGGCGGGUGCGGCACUUCCACCAUCGUUGCAGCUCGAUGUUAAAUGCACGACCGCCUUCUCCGACUGCCACCCCAAAGCCUGCCGUGUCCCUCCAAUGCCCAUGGUGGCCAACGCCAACGCCAACGCCAAGGCCAGCGACGCCGGUAACGUGCCCACAAAGCUGGAGGAGGCGGUCAGACCCACCACGGGCUGCAAAGGUGGGCCGCAGGUUGUCGGCACAACAAAGCCCGUCAAAAGGAACCGGGAUCGAGCAGAAAGUGGUGGCAGCGAGAGCCCAGAGAAGAAACUCCGGGCUGUGUCACCCAUCGCAAAGGAGCCGGCGGUGAAAGAAAAGACUUGCAAUUUUGAAGGCGAAAGCAGCAAGGUCCUGCCACCAGGGAUUUUCUUGGAGGGUCACAAGUUCCAGCUGCCAACUCCAAUUUUCCCCGGUGUGUACCCUGGAGCUUUUGUGUCUCAGGUGCAAGAUAUGUGCGAUGGCUUGAGCUCCCAUUUCCCCGUUGACUACGCCCACCCCUUACAAUACUUGAAGAACCAAGCUGUGCUCUCUCCACUUAUGCAACCACUCGCCAUCCAUUCCUUCAUGAUACCGGCGAUGCAAAGACAGAUCCUGGCUUCGACCAGCGCUUCCCCACAUCUGUAUAGACAUCUGUCCAUGGCUGCCAGCCCAGUCGCGGCCUCGUACGGAGACAUUUUGCACCAUAGUCUUUACCCCCUAGCUUCUCUAAACCCCCAGGUUGCCUAUUCCACCUCGCCAAUCUCUUCUCUACAUCCCAGCACAAAACUAUAAACACUUCAUAUCAUGAACGUUAUUGAAAACAUCAAAGUGUAGUGUAUCAGCCUUACAUUCCACAUUACAUUGUAAGACUUUGUGACUGCAAGCUGCCAGCAACUGGUUUAUGUACUACUUGUAUUCACUCUAGGUGUUGUUAUCAUCUACAGAUCGUAACGUUUGUGUUUUAUUUUUUUUAAGUACGUGUAGUGAUUAGAUUCUUUGUACAUAGAAUCUUUUUCGUCUGUGACUUAACACUAUCACCAGUAGACUAGCCACACAUUUAAUGAGUGUAAAUAUUCACUACAAACAUUUACAUCUUAAUUAAUUUAUGCAACCGUAGUCGGGAUCCGUGUGCCACAUUUGUUGUUUUAUUGGUGCGUUUCUCGCAGUGUCAAAUGAUGGAUGUAUUGAGAAUUGUGUUCUUGUUCCAGAACAGGAUAGACAUAAUAACUACAGGAAGUUCUCUGCAGCUGUAAAUGUCUGUUUGGAUUCUUUUGAAUCCUUUCUGUCGAGCCCAUAUGUGGCAUUUAAUUUCUGCACUAUGUAAUAGUGCACCAAAUUUUUUUCCCCCCACUGUUUUUCUUUGGAUAUAAUUGCCAUUCUCUUGGUUGUUAAGAGCUAGACUGUUCUCAAUGUACAAUAGAUCCAUUUGCAGAAUAAAUUAACUAUAACUUGAGAAGCAUUUGCCUUAGUUUUAAUAAUGUUUAAUAAUACAUGUAAAUAUGUCAAAUGUGGCUUUCAUACUGUUAUUGUUGUCGCUGGCAGGGCUCCCAACCCCGCUGUUGUUAAAUGCCCACCCAACCACACAUGUUAAAGAUUUGUACAUAGAGAUAAGCUGACUGUAAUUCAUAAUUGCUGCGUUACAGGAAAAUAAUUUUGUAUUUAGAUUCUGCCCACUUUGCAUUUAAGGUUACACAAAUAUAGCUGCAAGGGUUCUUUCUGAGGUCCCGCAUAAAGAUUUGUCAAUCAAAUAUUUAAACUGUAAAUCUCAUGUAAACAGGGCAGGUUUUGAAAAGAAGCGAGAGAGAGAGAGAGAGAGAGAGAGAGUAGCUGAAUAAUAAAAUGGGGGAAAAAACACAAGAGUCCACUUUAGCAUCCGCUAGCAUUCUACUGGUUUUUGUAAUAAAGCCCCUUCAGUCUAUUCCCGAUGUCUCUGCAGCUGUUGGUGAAGCUUUAAUAAGAUUUGUGUUGAAAUGCAAUUCUGGCUCUUUGUUCAACUCCUGAGCUUGGCUCGAAAUCUUUGGCAGCCUUUUGUUUCUCAUUUAGACUUUGGAAAAUGUCACUUUACUUUUAAAAGUGCCCUCAAAUUAAACAUAGGCAAAUACUUUCAAAGAAGGUCUUUCUUAAACUUAUUACAACAUUUGCUUCUGGAGGACUUAACAUUUGAUUACAAUAAUUUCCUUUCAGUUCCACACUAAACAUGUUUAAUUGAUGCCUCAGUAUUGCAUGUGGUUUUCUGGCAGCCUUGCUGCUACAUCAAGAACUAGCUGUGCCUUUUCAUUUCAACAACGCAUUAAAGCUUCAAUACUUAACUGCACAUGUUUGUCGAUGGUACACCACAGUCACAUCUGGUGCAGCUUUGUAAAGAGCACUAUGAUCACAAGUAUUGUGAAAUCAGGAUAUAUUAUUUUUGUUGGGUUCCAUGCUCAUAAUGAUCAUAACAGGCACUUAAGAGAUUGUUUGCGUGAUUGUGGCCGUAUUACUUACAAGGAGUGUAGUCCUCAUAUGGUUGUUUUAUUCACCACAAUGCAUAGCUAAAAUAUUUUCAAUCUUAUCAGCAAGAUGUUUAUACUGACAUGUUAUUGUUAUAAAAACUUGUAUUUUGUAAAUAAUGAACACAUUUCUUUUUGCAUUUUUGUUUUGGUUCUGCAGCACAUUUUCAUGUAUGGUGAUUUGUACAUAGUUAAAAGUGAAGACUGGUAACAUUGAGAUGAGUCCUAAUAGUUUUAAGGUUAUUGAGUAACCUUACAUUGGGUUCAAACUAUAAGUCUAAUGUUGCUGAGCCAAAUGUAAACACUAAAGUUUUGUUUUUGUAUGUUCUUAAAGUGUACUUCUUGGCAAAUGCUUUUGAUACUUUGUGCCAAUAGUUUAUCAAUCACAUAGCUGGCAAAAUAUUUUGUACUUUCUGAUCCACUGUUAUAUUUAAUAAAAGUUUUACUACUUAA